AUGUCCCGAUCCGAUAUUUGGAUCGGAUCGGCCGCCGAUAUUAGCAAAAAAAUGCAUAUCAAUAACGGAUCGGCCUGCACGGGAAAAUCCCGAUCCGGACUCCCGAUCCAGUUUGUUUUCAAAACUCCGGUCCGUGUUUUCGAGCGCACCAAUGUGGCGUCUUGCAGUUUGCAGUCCUCCAAUGAACCAACGAAGAAGAAGCAGGAUCAACAACACAGAACCAAGAUGGCGGCCUCCACUCGCUCCGCGUCUAAGGCGGAGAUGCUGCGGGGACUCGUAGCCGACAAGCUGUCCACGGCCGCGCAGGAGAUCUUCGCCGUGGUGGAGAGCACCGUGUCCGGCUACGAGGAGGAGGCGUCGGGCCUGAGGAGGGAGCCUCCUGAAGAGGAAGAGAAGUACUCGUAUGAGCUGAGCGUUGAGGACUCAGGGAGUCGGGACGUCUUCGGCCACGCUGAGGAAGAGGAGGGUGAAGAAGAAGAGGAGGAGUCAGCUGAGGACCCGGUUCAGAGCACCAGUCUGGAUCAGGAGGAUCCGAGGGACCCGGAUCAUCAGAGACCGUCUGUGGAGAGGAGGGCAGCAAAGAACACGGAGGAAGAUCUUCCUCCUCAGAUAAAAGAAGAAGACGACGACAGCGGUGAUGAAAGAAUCGAUGAAAACCGUCCGCAUGCGAGUGCCGAUGACGAGAUUUCCGGGGAGUCGUUCUGUUCUAUAAAGGAAGUCCACUCUCUCUCUGUGACGGAGAGAACAUCAGCCGAUCUUCAUCAGAGUGAAGGUUUAGGGGAGGAUUCAGUGUUCAAGAAACCGAGAGGAGGAGCAGGACCCAAGAAGCACAGCUGUCAGCACUGUGACAAGUCCUUCACCACAUCGAGAUAUUUAAAGAUUCACGAGAGAGCCCACUUUGGAGAGAAACCGUACAGCUGUGACAAAUGUGGGAAAGCUUUCACCACUCCGUUUGACCUGAAGAGACACCAGCGCGUUCACACUCGAGAGAAACUACAUGGCUGCGAUCAAUGUGGAAAAACUUUUUUCGAUCAAAGUAGCCUUAAAGCCCACCAGCGCACGCAUACUGGAGAGAAACCGUAUCAGUGUGAACAGUGUGGGAAAGCGUUCACUCAGUUGGCGCAGUUAAAAAUCCACAAACGCAGCCACACGGGAGAGAGACCGUACAGCUGUGACCAAUGCGAGAAAGUUUUCGCAACUCAAGGUGUCCUGAGGAUCCACAGACGCAUUCACUCCGGAGAGAAACCGCACAGAUGUGAUCACUGCGGGAAGGCUUGCACUACAGCAAGCGACCUUAAAAUCCACCAACGCAUUCACACUGGAGAGAAACCCUACAGUUGUGAUCAGUGUGAGAAAACUUGCACCACUCUGGGACACUUGAAAAUCCACAGACGAGUUCACACUGGAGAGAAACCAUACGGCUGUGAUCAGUGUGGGAAAGCUUUCACUACUGCAAGUAACCUGAAAAUCCACCACCGCAGUCACACUGGAGAGAAACCCUACAGCUGUGAGUACUGUGAGAAAACGUUCACCAUUUCAGCGCUCCUGAAAAUCCACAGACGAGUUCACACUGGAGAGAAACCGUACAGCUGCGAUCAAUGUGGGAAAGCUUUCACCACGCAAGGUAAUCUGAAAAGCCACGAACGUGUUCACGUCGGGGAGAAACCAUACGGCUUGAAUCAGUGAGGAAAAACUUCACAUUUUGAUGGUAGAAACCUGAAAGGACACCAAACAUAACAUGAGUGUAAUAAUUGUUAUUUUAAAUUUGUGGUAUUUGCUGUGCUAAUAUAACAUAACAUGUACUGUAAUACAUAUUGGCUACACAUUUUAAUAACCUAUAUGCUAAAGACUAAAACUACAGUUUUGAACUACAUUUCCCAUGUAUACUUGCUUGACAAAGCACAGAACUGCAUGAUGUAAAUAGGUUCGUUUGAGUUGAACUGUGCCUUGAAAGAGGACGAGAGCAGCGGCAGCAGCACAGGGUGUCCUGUUCAUUACGUCUGUAGGCUACCUGUAGUUUACAGACUAC